AUGGGUCGUGAAGUCAGUGCUGGUGGUGGACAGAGUUCCUUGGGCUAUUUAUUUGGUGGCGGGGAGACUGCUGCUAAGAAUGUGGGACACACUGCUAGCAAUAACCUUUCUCCAAAGCUUGCUUCUACUUCACCACCAAUUGAUAAGCAGACUCCAACAGGAAUUCAUGAAAAUCUUAAGAACAAUUACUACCGAGCAGAUGGGCAGAAUUGUGGUAACUUUAUCACGGAUCGACCAUCCACUAAAGUCCAUGCCGCCCCUAGUGGUGAAUCUUCCUCGGGCUAA